AUGGGAGCUGCUCACUCGCGUAGUGUGCGCGAACGUCGCGAGCGUGUUCAGCGGCAGGAGGAAGGCAUGCCGCCUUCCACAAUACCUGCUCGACGUACGCGCGAGGACGACGAUAGUGGACAAGAACACCAAGACCGUGGGCUUCGCCGCCGUCGUCUCUUGUCAGUACCAAGGGGGGCAGAUGACGAGAACAUGGAAGUGGAUGAAGAAAGAGCAUUGGAAAAUGGGCAAGCACGACGUUCAGGAUGGGUCCAACGCACCCUCGGGUCUUUAUCUAGCAGAAGGCGACUUUCAUCUAAUAACUCUGACCUUGAACCUUCCAUUUCAUCACGACACACAGCCAACGACACGAACCUCUCUCAUGACACAAGUGCAUCGAUUCCCAAUCCUGAUCCCCUUGCAGCUGAACGCCAAGAAGCUGUCAGUCUUAUUGAGCGCGUUCUUGGGCCCAGACCUGCGCCGCCACAUCAUCCUAGUAUCGACCCGUCGUCUUUGUCCGGUACGUAUAGGUCACGUCCUUCGCGAUUCCUCAGACCUGAAAAUACUCCAGGGGGCCGACCAUCAUCGACUCUCGGCACAUUACUCUCGGAAGUGCUGGGUGCGACUCGUGGCGAACCUGGAGCCGGUGCGCCCGGAACACCUGGUGCACCGUUAUCUGGCACAUCGGUCAUUGUGCAGGGAGCUCUUGUGGCGCGUACAUCGGCUUCUCAAGGUACUGAUAACACUCAAACACCUACGAAUGACUCGGCAUCUGAGCAUGGACCAAGUUUAGGCACCUCCCAUGCUGGCACGGAGUCCAAUGGCUCAACAGACUCGGAUAUACCCCAUGUGGCAACAUUGGCUGAACAGGGCGAGAUGUUAGGUCGUAUCUUGCGAAUUGCAGCUGCAGCCACAGCAGCUUCUGUCGUAAACCAAGCAUCAGCCAACCCCACGAUGGCAUCGACGGCGUUCGCAGCACCCCCGCAAGGAUCGUCACAGAAUCAGCCUUCUCCCUCUGAGACACCCCAAAAUCAUGCCGACACAGGCGAAUCCAAUUUUGGUCGCGAGCUACUGAAUCGGCUCAUGGCCAGUCGUCAGGCUACGCGCCACUCCUCCUCUGCACCUCGGGACCGAGAUACGCAGUCUGAUUCAGAAACAGUAUCCAACAUUUCCCGUCUCAUGCGUGAUGCGCUGCGUGCUUCCUUACCGCAACGUGGACCUUCAUCGCAGUCGCAGGAGAAUCGUUCGGCAUCAACCGGUAAUACCAACAAUGAAACAGUCUCUUCUGUUUUAUCGACACUGGAAAGUGCAAGACAAAAUGAGCCCCUGGCGGAUGGAGAGCCAGGAUCUUUCGAUCGAUUUUUGCGUGAAUUGCUUGAUGACCUGAAUGCUGCGAUUCAUCGGAUGAAUGGCAGUGAUGUUGAGUCGGAGACUACCGGGGAUGUCCGCUCUCGCCGAGAUGGUGAUGUUGUGCUAGGCCAGCUUUCGUUCUUCCGAUUGCACCGCUUCGAGCGACCGAGUGAUUCAUCCCUGAUCCCGUGUGUCAUGGUGGGCGUUCGGAGCCUGCGUUCUGACGAGCGCCUCAUGGGCGGUGAUCAAGCCAUGCCCAGAGAUGGAGAUGGAAAUCGGCCGGAUGUGUCGCGAUUCGUGCUAUUCGUCAGUGGUGGACGAUAUCAUGAACAGCAUCCCCUUUUGGUGUCACGCCCUCGUGACGCUGGACGUGACCUAAUGUUUAUGAUGGAGUUGCUUGGCACGAUUGCUGCGAUGAGUAACAAGCGACCGACCACUACCGCCGCAGACAUUGAGCGCAGUGGAUUGCUAAAAGUCAAAGCAAAAGAGAUCGCUGCUUUACACCGAGAGGGCCGUGUGACGGAAAACACUCUGGACAAGUGCCUGGUGUGCCUGGAUGAGUGGCAAGAAGACGACGACUGUCGCGUGCUUUCGUGCAAGCACGUAUUUCACGCAUCAUGUGUCGACCAGUGGCUCGAAAAUAACUCAAAUUCAUGUCCUCUAUGCCGAAAAGAAGCCGUUUCGUCAUCAUCCGCAUCGGCGCCGUAA